GGCGCGGUCCGUGAGUGGGGGCGGGGCCACUGCGAGCUUCUUUCUCCUAAAGUAGGUUGCCAGCGGGAGGCGGCGGCUGCUCCUCCGCAGUGUUGGGAAGAUGGCGCCGCCGGUGACGGAGCGGGGGCUGAAGAGCGUGGUGUGGCAGAAGAUAAAAGCAACAGUGUUUGAUGACUGCAAGAAAGAAGGCGAAUGGAAGAUAAUGCUUUUAGAUGAAUUUACCACUAAGCUUUUGGCAUCGUGUUGCAAAAUGACAGAUCUUCUAGCAGAGGGUAUAACUGUUGUGGAGAAUAUUUAUAGGAAUCGAGAACCUGUCAGACAAAUGAAAGCUCUUUAUUUUAUCUCUCCAACAUCAAAGUCUGUAGAAUGUUUUUUACGUGAUUUUGCAAGUAAGUCUGAGAACAAAUACAAAGCAGCAUAUAUAUACUUCACUGACUUUUGCCCUGAUAGUCUCUUUAACAAAAUUAAGAGUUCUUGCUCCAAAUCAAUAAGAAGAUGUAAAGAAAUAAAUAUUUCCUUCAUUCCACUUGAAUCUCAGGUUUAUACUCUUGAUGUACCGGAUGCAUUCUAUUACUGUUACAGUCCAGACCCUAGUAAUGCAAAUGGAAAAGAUGCCGUUAUGGAAGCAAUGGCUGAGCAGAUAGUUACAGUAUGUGCUACCCUGGAUGAAAACCCUGGAGUAAGAUAUAAAAGUAAACCUCUAGAUAAUGCCAGUAAGCUUGCCCAGCUUGUUGAAAAAAAACUUGAAAACUACUACAAGAUUGAUGAAAAGAGCCUAAUAAAGGGUAAAACUCAUUCCCAGCUCAUAAUAAUUGAUCGUGGCUUUGAUCCUGUGUCCACUGUCCUGCAUGAACUGACCUUUCAGGCAAUGGCAUAUGAUCUACUGCCAAUUGAGAAUGAUACAUACAAAUACAAAACAGAUGGGAAAGAAAAGGAGGCCGUCCUUGAAGAAGAUGAUGACCUCUGGGUCAGAAUUCGACAUCGGCAUAUUGCAGUUGUAUUAGAGGAAAUUCCCAAACUAAUGAAGGAAAUUUCAUCAACAAAGAAAGCAACAGAAGGAAAGACAUCACUUAGUGCUCUUGCGCAACUGAUGAAAAAGAUGCCCCAUUUCCGUAAACAGAUUACUAAGCAAGUUGUCCAUCUUAACUUAGCAGAAGAUUGCAUGAAUAAAUUCAAGCCUAAUAUAGAAAAGCUCUGCAAAAGUGAACAGGACCUGGCACUUGGAACUGAUGCAGAAGGACAGAAAGUGAAAGAUUCUAUGCGAGUACUUCUUCCAGUUCUACUCAACAAAAAUCAUGAUAAUUACGAUAAAAUAAGAGCGAUUCUACUUUACAUCUUCAGUAUUAAUGGAACUACAGAAGAAAAUUUGGACAGGUUGAUCCAGAACGUAAAGAUAGAAAAUGAGAGUGACAUGAUCCGUAACUGGAGUUACCUUGGUGUUCCCAUUGUCCCCCCAUCUCAACAAGGCAAACCAUUAAGAAAGGAUAGGUCUACAGAAGAAACUUUUCAACUCUCCCGAUGGACACCUUUUAUCAAAGAUAUUUUGGAGGAUGCCAUCGAUAAUAGAUUAGAUUCAAAAGAAUGGCCAUAUUGUUCCCAGUGUCCAGCAGUAUGGAAUGGCUCAGGGGCUGUAAGUGCUCGCCAGAAGCCCAGAGCUAAUUAUUUAGAGGACAGGAAAAAUGGCUCAAAACUGAUUGUUUUUGUAAUUGGAGGAAUUACAUACUCUGAAAUGCGUUGUGCUUAUGAAGUUUCUCAGGCACAUAAAUCCUGUGAAGUUAUUAUUGGUUCUACGCAUAUUUUAACACCCAGAAAGCUUUUGGAUGAUAUAAAGAUGCUGAAUAAACCCAAGGAUAAAGUCUCCUUAAUUAAGGAUGAAUAGGGAUUUUUUUUUUUUUUUUGGAGAUUCUUAUUAAUAUGUUCAACUAAAAUAGAUCAAGACAAGGUUGCUACCAUGUAAUUUAACACUGUAAAUAUUUUAUGGAAUAAUGAUUUUUCAAACAUACUUCUUAAGGGACUUUAUGAUUACAUAUCUUUGGAUUUGCCAUGUUUAAUAAUUUAAAUAGUGUUGUUGCUUUGUAGAUGAUGAGAAGAAAUGUUAAAAUGCUUUCUAAAAGGAAAUUUUUCACCUUUGGAACUGAAUAUAUUAGAAUUGUGGGUAAUUUUUCACAACUCCCUAUGUACAUAUUACUUACUUACCGGAUGCUUAUCUGUCUUAUACUGAAAUAUAGUUUUUUGGGAAAGAAUUAUUUUAAGUGAAAAGGUAGUAAAAGUAAAAACUUUAAGUGUGUGUAUGAUAGAAUGAUUUUCUAUAAGUGCACUUGAAAUCCAUAAUUUCUUUUAUGUGUAAAAUAGUAUUGUCAUUAAUAGAAAUAAUUUCACAGUGUUUACUGUCUUCCCAGAUACUUCUAAAGAACACAAUUUUAUGUAAUUUCAGAGUCAUGUAUGUUUAAAUUAGAAAGCCAAAAUUAAUUGUGAAUAUUCUAAGAGAAAAUAAAUGUAUAGUUACAAAAA